UUUGGGCAGUACCAUAGUAUUCACCAGACGACACUUUGGCUUCACUCAACGGCCAGCGUCACUUUCUGACAAGUCAAGCAGGAGACUGCAUCUGGAGUCACGCGUCAGGGUUGAAAGUUCAGGAACAUGGCUAAAGUUGUCACUGUUUUUGGAGCAACAGGGAGCCAGGGAGGUGGGGUGGCCAACGCCCUGCUGGAGGAUCCAAAGUUCAAAGUCAGAAUAGUGACGAGGAGCGCCUCUAGCGACAAAGCUAAGGCACUGCAGGAGAGAGGUGCAGAGGUCAUUGAGGGCAAUUUUGACGAUGCCAGCUCUCUGGAGCGGGCACUGCAGGGGGCCUACGGAACGUUCUUGGUGACUCAGCAUUCCUUUGAAGAUCCAGACUUUGAUCAACUGGAGAUCAAGCAGGGUAAGGCUGUAGCAGAUGCGGCCAAAGCUGCCGGUGUACAACACGUGGUGUUCAGUAGCCUGGAAGACGUCCAGAAAAUCAUGGGGUUUCCCUGUCUGCACUUCGACUCUAAAGCACAGAUCGAAGAGUACAUGAAGUCUCUCGGCCUUCCCCUAACCGUCGUCAAGUACCCUGGCUUCUACGAUAACUACCUCUCCAGCCGCAUGGUUCAAAAACUGGAAGAUGAUACUUACGAAAUAGCAUACCCGCUGGAGGGCGCUGGCAUGCACGGCAUCAGCGUAGCCGUCGACGCGGGUUUCGCCGUCACAGCGAUCUUCAAGAACAGGGCCGAAUGGCUGGGCAGAACUGUCGGCUUCAGCGCAGAAAAACUCACCAUCCAGCAACACGCAGACAUUCUCUCCAAACACCUGGCACCGAGGGUGUUCAAGCCGAGUAAGAUGACGUCGGACGAGUUCAGUAAUCUGCCCUUCCCGGGAGCGAAGCACCUCGGCGACAUGUUCAAGUUCUACCGCCUGGGAAACCCCGACCACAGCCCGGAGCUGACCCGGCAGCUGUACCCGGGCACCAGGGGCCUGGACCAGUGGGUGGCGGACAACAAGGAGGCGCUGCUGAACGCGAUGUCAUAACAGCCGGGCACGGCGUAGUGUAUCUGUACACUGUAAGCACGUGUAUAUGAAGGGAAAGAAUUCUCAGGAACGCAAUAUGGUAAAAUUCAUUACUGUGUACAGCGACAGCCUCCAGUAACGCUGAAGUGAUGACAAAGAGAAUUAUAAAAGAAGGUGUAAACUACAUGUGACCUGACAGGUUGUUGGGAUAUUAAUUUUGGACAGGAGAUGUCCAUUUCCUUUAAUCAAUUUCAUUUUUCAAAGUUUUUUAAACAUCAGACAAAAUAUUCUAACAAAAGUCCAAUACACUGCAAAGAAAAACUACAUCUUGUUUACUGAAUGCUUGUUAUUUGCCAUCACACAUGUAUUGUCUACAUUGCCAAUAAAAUUGCUUCAAACCCUUUCA